AUGGCAGUUGAGGUUGUGGGAUUUGAGAUGGUUCAAGGACCAGUGGAGAAUGGUGCUGAAGGAGGAAAACCUGUUUUACAUGAGAAGGAGAAUGGAAAGCUGGAUAAAGAUGUAGGAGCUGUGGAGGCCAUCAAAUUUGGGUCACAUGGAGAUGAAUCUGCGAAAGGGAAAGGGAGUGAUGUUUCAGAGGUUAAUGUGCCGAAAGAUGCAGCUGAAGAGUGGCCUGCGCCUAAGCAGAUCCAUUCUUAUUAUUUUGUCAGGUGGCGGCCUUAUGAGGAUCCAACCAUAAAAUCUAAAAUUGAUUUACUUGACAAAGAGAUCAGCAAGAAAAAUCAAGCCCGGUUUCAGAUAACUGAAGCACUGAAGGCGAAGCGGUCAGAUCGAGCUGAGUUGAUUUCUCAAAUCAAGUCUCUAAGAGGUGACAAUAGACAAUUUCAGAGUAUUGUGGAUGAGAAAAUAAAAGAGAUUGAACCUUUGCAGCAAGCAUUGGGCAAGCUACGCAAUACAAAUAAUGCGGGUCGGGUUGGCUUGUGUUCAUCUGAGGAAGAACUUAAUAGUGUUAUAUAUAGUUUGCAAUACCGCAUACAGCAUGAGAGUAUUCCAUUGACAGAGGAAAAACAGCUCCUCCGAGAAAUCAAACAGCUUGAGGGGACAAGAGACAAAGUUAUUGCCAAUGCUGCAAUGAGAGCCAAGUUACAGGAAUCUAUGGGGCAGAAAGAAGCCAUUCAAGACCAGGUCAAGCUUAUAGGGGGGGAUUUGGAUGGAGUGAAGAAAGAGAGAGAAGCAAUUCGGUCCAAAAUUAAGCAAAUUGAUGAUGCCCUGAAAGCUAUUGACAAGGAUAUUCAGUCUCUACAAGAGGAACUGACUGCUGUUUCUCAAAAAAGGGACAAAUCUUUUGAGAACAUGCAGCAGCUGAAGAAACAGCGUGAGGAUGGGAAUUCCUAUUUCUACCAAAGUCGUACUGUUCUGAACAAAGCACGGGAUCUGGCUGCAAAGAAAGAUAUUAAUGCUCUCGAUGAAGUUUCACAGACAGAGGUUGAGAAAUUUAUGACACUCUGGAACAGUGACAAAGCAUUUAGGAAUGAUUAUGAAAAAAGAAUUUUGGCCUCAUUGGAUAUGCGGCAGUUGAGUCGGGAUGGCCGGAUGAGGAACCCAGAUGAAAAGCCAUUGCUGGAAGAACCAAAACCUGCUGAAACAGAAGCGAUACCAAAAUUUUUUGCAAAACAGCCAAAAGAGGAGCCUAAGCCUUCUCCACAAGAAACUUUACCUGCUCAGAAAGAAUCCAAAAUCAAAGUGAGAGAUUUGAAAUCCAAACCGGAUAUUAAGGAUUCAGCUGUAACUGAUGAAUAUGAAUUCGAAAAUUCCCAGAAGGUGAUCCAUGCCAAGGAGCAUGAAAUUGAUCCUGCAAAACUGAAAGAGAUUAAGCGGGAAGAGGAAAUUUUGAAAGCAAAGCAGGCCCUGGAAAGAAAGAAGAAGCUAGCUGAUAAAUCUGCAGCUAAAGCAGCAAUCAGAGCACAAAAGGAAGCUGAGAAGAAGCUUAAGGACCGAGAGAGGAAAGCGAAGAAGAAAGCUUCUGGUGCAGGAGUUAUUGCCAACCCUGAGGAUGAAGAGAAAGAUGAAGUUGCUGAGAUUACUGAACCAGAAAAAGUCGAUGAAGACCUUCAAGCCCCGGUUCCAGUGAAGGACAAGGUCCAAAAGGAGAGUGGCAUUAGGAACAGGAACCGACCAAGAGGUCCAGAUUCAGUUCCAAAAGUAAUUCUUAAACGGAAGAAGUCUAACAAUUACUGGGUGUGGGUUGCAGCUGCUGCUUUGUUAGUCAUCCUUUUUGUGGUGCUUGGAUACAUCUAUCUUUUCUGA